UAACUAACUUCUAACAACAAACCAACUUCUUCAACUCGCGGGGGAAAGGAAACUCUUUUUUGACAGCUAAACGGCAAACGGGCAUAAUAUUAUUGCAUUUUCUAGUUUAGUAACGGUAGACUUUCAAAGUAGAUUGCUCUACUAGGCCUGUAGUGGGCUACCUGCCAGGAUAAAAUGAAAGAUGACAAUGAUGAUUAUAGUGAUGGAGAGGAAGAUUGGAGCAAACCAGUUAGUUUAUCUGAUGAUGGUAGUAAAUCAGAGGUUUAUACAUCACCUAAACCAAGUACCGGUACCGGUACUACAAGUGUAACUAACAAACAUGCAAACAUUGAAGCACAACACCUCCGAACCAUCAUACAUAUUGAUAUGGAUUGUUUUUAUGCUCAAGUAGAAAUGAUUAAAAAUCCAAACCUUGCUAAUAUACCUCUUGGUAUUCAGCAGAAGUAUAUUAUAGUCACAUGUAAUUAUCCAGCUAGAGCUCUAGGUGUUAAUAAGUUGAUGUCCAUUAAAGAUGCCAGGGCUAAAUGUCCAUCAUUGGUAUUAGUUAGUGGAGAAGAUUUAACAGAUUAUCGUAAAAUGUCCUAUAGGAUAUCUGAACAUCUGUUGAAAUAUACUAAGAAAGUUGAACGUCUAGGUUUUGAUGAGAAUUUUUUAGAUGUAUCCGAUCUAGUAGGGACAAGAAUGAAGGAGAAAACACUUCAUCUGGUAUCUGGAUAUACCUAUGGAUCAGAUGAUAAAGAUGUCAAUAUUAAUGAAUAUAAACAAUGUUCAUGUGGAUGUAAUCUGAGACUUACUGUAGGAUCACAGAUAGCUAGUGAAAUACGACAGAGUUUAUUACAAGAACUAGGAAUAACAUGUUGUGCUGGUAUAUCAUAUAAUAAACUAUUAGCUAAACUUGUUGCUGGUAUACAUAAACCUAAUCAACAAACUACACUCUUUCCUGAUCAGUCAUUUCAAUUAGUAAACUCUCUACCUAAAGCUCAAAAUAUACCAGGUAUAGGAUAUGGAAUGGCUAAGAGAUUAGCUGGUAUUGGUGUUAAUUCUGUGUGUGAUCUAUUUAACUGUAGUAAAGAUAAACUAGUUAGUGAAGUAGGAGAACAAACAGCUAUAUUAUUACAACAUUUAUCAGCUGGUAUAGAUAAUACACCUGUAAUACAAUAUGGACUACCACAGUCAAUAUCAGAUGAAGAUUCACAUAGAAAACUAAGUUUAAUGUCAGAAGUUGAAAAAGAAAUAAAAGGACUUGUAACUAAUGUUGUUAAAAGAGUUGAAGAAGAUGGUAGAUAUCCCCAAACAUUACGAGUUACAAUAAGGAAGUUUACACCUAGACAAGAUUAUUCUAAUGGUGGUCGAGAAAGUAGACAAUGUCCUAUAUCCACAUCUUUGUUUCAACAUAUUAAUAAAGAUAAAUCUGUUGUGAUAAACUCAUUAGUCGACAUGUCAUUGACUCUUUUCAAGAAAAUGGUGGACAUCACUAAAUCAUUCCAUUUAACUCUUAUUAAUAUCUGUGUUACUAAAUUUACUAAAGUUAUUGGUGAGGAUAUCUCUUCCUUCUUUCAACACAAAACAUGGCAAGAUGAAAAACAAGUUAUUUCAGAUAUGAAGCCUGUGGAAACUAAAGUUCAAAACCAAAGUAGCCCUGCAUUGAACAUGUCGUUGACAUCACCCACUAAAGGAAUACAAGAUUUUUUCGGAACUAGUUCUUCGAAACGGAAAGGAACAUCUCCAUCUGAAUUAGUUAAUAAAAGAUCAAAAUUGGAUAGAAAUAGUGUGUCUACAAAUACAAGUUUUUCGUUAGAACAAGAGACUGAUAAAAGACUUGUUGAUCUGGAUGUGGAUUUAGACGUUUAUAACCAGUUGCCAGAAGACAUUAAGAAAGAAAUUUUACAAAGCCAUACAAGUCAUUCCAAUUCAUCAAAAAGCACUUCAAAAUCUAUACAUACUGAAUCAAAGAGAAAACGUUCUUUAGAAUCUUUCUUCAGUGGUAAGGGCAGUAUGACUAAUAAAUUAAAGACCACACCACCGAAGCUAUUUGAAACAAAAUCUAAAGUGACUAAAUCUCCUAUCCAAAAUAAACAUUCAGCUAAUUCAGAGGAAAGUGAUAAAGAACUCUGUGUGUCAUCUAUAAUUAUCCCAUCAUCAUCAUCAUCAUCAUCAUUAUCCACUGAAUUUUGUGACACAAAUGUUGAUGAGUGUAAUAAUUUUAUACCCCCGAAUAUAGACAAGAGUGUUUUUAUAAACUUACCUAGUGACAUUCAACAAGAAUUAGUUAAUGAAUGGAAACAUACUAAUAAACCUAAAAUAUCACUGAAUUCAGAUAAACAGAAAAAGACUAAUGGUAUUCUUGGUUAUUUUAAAAAGAAAUAAAUUUUAAUCAUU